AUUUCUUCAGAAAAAAAAGGAUUUCACUUCCUCCAAUCUCGAAAGUCUUAAUCUUUUUCUCUUUCUAUUUAAAAAGAGAAGAGAAAAAUCCAAUUUUUUUUUUUAUUUUCAUGCACCUCUUAUUGCACAACAAUUUCAUCAUCUUCAUACCAUUCCACCACUCAUCUUUGAUGGAUCCAUAGAUUGAGAUAGAUCUAAUGCUCUUAACACACCCUUGAUUACCCUUUUUCGUCUUUCUAGAUCCUUCUUUUUCUUCUUCUGUGGCGGCUAAUACCUUUCAAUCAUUAGUCAAAAUUACUGGUUUGUAGUGGAGCAUCAUCAUUGUGGUGUGAUUGGUGGAGAGUGUAGGACUGUUGUUACUUCAGUGGAUGAAAGAUCUUGGGGUGGAGUUGUUCUUGGGGAGGUUGAUAGAUGUGGAAAUCCUCGAAGGUUGUUUGGUGAGAUGAGGGAUGUUAUCGGAGUUGAUGAGCUUUCUGAGGGCCUGCUUUUGGCCGAGUUCGGAAGGAUACACGCGUGGAGGUGCUGAUGCUGGAGGCAGACAGGAUGGACUAUUGUGGUACAAAGACUUGGGGCAGCAGUCGAAUGGUGAAUUUUCGAUGGCGGUAGUACAAGCCAAUAACCUGCUGGAGGAUCAGAGUCAGCUUGAAUCAGGAACUUUGAGCUCCAAUGAGUCUGGCCCUUAUGGUACCUUUGUUGGCGUCUAUGAUGGUCAUGGAGGGCCCGAGACAUCACGAUUUAUCAAUAAUCACCUGUUUCACCAUCUCAAGAGAUUUACAGCAGAGCAACAAUCGAUGUCAUCAGAUGUAAUUCGCAAGGCAUUUCAGGCAACAGAAGAGGGAUUUGUGUCACUUGUUGCCAGACAGUGGCCAUUGAACCCACAAAUAGCAGCUGUCGGUUCAUGCUGUCUAGUUGGUGUUAUUUGUAAUGGAACGCUUUAUGUAGCGAAUCUUGGUGAUUCCCGGGCUGUUUUGGGAAGAGUAGUCAAGGCAACUGGUGAGGUUUUGGCCAUGCAGUUAUCAUCAGAACACAAUGCAUCUAUAGAGUCUGUAAGACAGGAGCUGCAAUCUUUGCACCCCGAUGAUUCGAAUAUAGUUGUUUUAAAGCAUAAUGUAUGGCGCGUGAAGGGCCUCAUUCAAGUUUCGAGAUCUAUUGGUGAUGUAUAUUUGAAAAAGGCUGAGUUCAAUAGAGAACCUCUAUAUGCUAAGUUUCGACUCCGUGAUCCAAUCAAGAGGCCAAUUCUGAGCUCAGAACCGUCAAUAUCUGUGCAUCAAUUGCUUCCGCAAGAUCAGUUUGUGAUAUUCGCAUCGGAUGGUCUCUGGGAGCACCUUAGCAAUCAGGAAGCAGUUGAUAUAGUUCAAAAUAAUCCCCGCAAUGGAAUUGCAAGGAGGCUGAUCAAAACUGCGCUACAAGAAGCAGCAAAGAAAAGAGAAAUGAGAUAUUCGGACUUAAAGAAGAUCGACCGUGGAGUUCGCCGGCAUUUCCACGACGAUAUCACCGUGAUUGUUGUCUACCUGGAUUCGAAUCUCGCUAGUAGGGCAAGCGCCGGCAGGUUUCCUAGUGUUUCUAUCAGAGGGGGUGGAAUUAACUUGCCCCCUAACACACUGGCACCUUGUACUACACCAACAGAGAAUGGUGGUGCCUGAACUAAGAAGAAGAAGUUGCAUCCAUCCUUUUUAUCUUCUUUCUUUGUUGUGUGAAUACCAACCAGUUUAUCUUGAAAUAGCAAUGAGAGGAGCAGCACUUCAAUUCUUUUGAAUGUGAACUGUAACUUGGUAGAAAACUAAUAUACACUCAUGUUUAGGUUCUCUCUCAAAACCAAAAAGGGCAGAAGAGAUUUGAUAAUGAUGAUGACCAUUGUAUGUAA